AUGAGAGGAUAACUCUUGAAGGAGUUGAAAUCAAAUUUUCUUCAUCCUCUAUUUAAUCGUGUAGCUUAAACCUACUAUUGCUGUCAACCGAAUAAUUUCCAUAACAAAAACAUAAUUUUAUAUUCCUUAAUAUUUUUGUAAUUAACACUAAUUCGUUAUUUUUUUUAUUGUAUGUUUUGUCAUCUAAUAAAAUUUCUGUAAGAUCCCUUCAAUUCAACUCAAUUAUUAUUCAGAUGUGGAUAGAACUUCAGUUUUCUUUGGAAAUAACAUGGCAAAAGGGUAUUCUUAAGGUAAAUGUUAAAACCAAGAGGUAAUAGCUACACUAAUAAUUGCCCAACAAUCCAACAAAGAAUCAAUAAUAACUAAACACCCUGCACUCAUUCCUCUCUUUAAUCCCACUUAAUACCCUAAGACAUAACAUUAUUUUUAUAUUAAAAUAACCAAAGCUAUCUGUUUUUAUUAUUAUAAUAACAAAUGAACGGAUCUGAAGGUGCCAAGUUCCUCAUGCAUUCCCAGAGUACUGUUGACCAGCCAUCUGAUAAACUAGGAGAUUGCAACUAUCAAAAUGGUAAGAAGAUACAAUUUACCUAGCAGAAAGUAAAAACAAAAAGAGCAUCUUGGAUUAAACUGAGAUGAUACCCAAAAACCAAAAAACUAAGUUGAAGCGAAAUAAAAUUUGCAUCAAUAAAAAAGUCAGAAAAACCUGGACUGCCUAAGAAGACUUAUAGCUACAGCGUUCUAUUUAAUAACAUGGGUCGAAUUGGGUUCAAGUUGCCGCAUCAAUGGUUAAUCGAAAUCCAUCUUAAUGUACUCAGAGAUGGAAACGAAUCAAACCAUAAGCUGUAAUCUCUGUUAAUAAGUCUAGUUAAGAAAGAGAAAGCCCUUCUCUCAAGAGGAAGAUUAACUUAUAUUGUAAUUAGUGGGCAAGUACCAAUAAAAUUGGGGGAAAAUUGCCCAAAUGUUCCCAGAAAGAACGAACAAAUAAAUAAGAGAGAGAUAUAUUAAUAAACUGAAUCCACUAAAUAAGUAAGAGCCAUUCACUGAAGAAGAAGAUCAGAUUAUCUUAAAAGCAUAUCAAGAAAUCGGAUCGAAGUGGACUAAAAUAUAAAACCUUUUGGUUGGUAGGCCUGUAAGUAUAUUCCUCCCUGAUUAUUAGGAAAACAUGAUUAAGAAUCGUUUUUACUCCUACCUCAGAUAAAGAUUUUUGAACAUUAAAAACCCUUACUAUUCAAUUCCGUCCAAACCCGAGAAUCCAAGUAUAGAUCAAAAGUUAAAAGUGGAAAAAGAUGAGUAAUUGACAGAAGAAAAAUAACUGAAAGAGGCUGAAGUCCAACAAAUAAAUAAGGAACAUUAUAACCAGAGAAAUACUGAUAUUCAAGAAAUGUCAACUUAAUUACCACUUCUCUAGUCUGACCCAUAUAGUUAAAUUCCUCAACCUCUAUUUCUUGGAAAUUUCUCUUGUAAUUACUCUUCAUUUAUUCAAUAGACCCUUAAUAUUAUCUCUAUUAGGCUCCUGGUGCCAUAGUUUACAUGCCUUGCUUACAAGGACCCUAUGCUGGAUUUCAAAAGCAGAUAUACAUGGUUCAACAAGAUACUAAUUAAUUGAUGCAUUGGUCAAACUCUUGA